CUCUCUCUCUCAUACAGAGAAAAAUCUCAAACCCACCUCGGGAUCAUCGUUUUCAUCAAUCACCCACUAAAAAAACAAUGAUCUCUUCAAUUAAACCGGCUUCAUCUUCCUUCUCCACCGUCUUCACCGGCGUUAGGCGGUCAAUUCCGACGAAUCUCCGGUUCUCUCCAUUAAACAUCAUAAGAAACUCCAACAACCAAAGCUUCAACAACUCCAAUGUCUCUCACCAAAAGCCUCUGUACAUUUCUUCUUCUCAGAAUUUCAAGCGUGAAGUCAGAGUCGAAGCUUACGAGGCCGAUCGAUCUCGUCCACUCGACAUCAACAUCGAGCUUCCCGACGAACAAUCGGCGCAGAAGCUAAAAAUCGGAAUCUAUUUCGCGACUUGGUGGGCACUUAACGUUGUCUUCAACAUCUACAACAAGAAAGUGCUCAAUGCUUUUCCUUACCCGUGGCUAACUUCGACCUUGUCUCUCGCUUGUGGGUCUCUUAUGAUGCUCGUCUCUUGGGCCACUAGAAUCGCCGAAGCUCCUAAAACUGAUCUCGAUUUCUGGAAAACUCUUUUCCCGGUCGCUGUGGCACACACGAUAGGACACGUGGCAGCAACAGUGAGUAUGUCAAAAGUAGCAGUUUCCUUCACACACAUCAUAAAAAGUGGUGAACCAGCUUUCAGUGUAUUGGUCUCAAGAUUCUUCUUGGGAGAGACUUUCCCUCUUCCUGUUUAUCUCUCUCUCUUACCAAUCAUCGGAGGCUGCGCUCUCGCCGCUGUCACCGAGCUUAACUUCAACUUAAUCGGGUUUAUGGGAGCGAUGAUAUCGAAUUUGGCGUUUGUGUUUCGGAACAUCUUUUCCAAGAAAGGCAUGAAAGGGAAAUCACUUAGUGGAAUGAACUACUAUGCUUGCUUAUCGAUGAUGUCUCUUUUGAUUCUCACUCCCUUUGCAAUCGCUAUAGAAGGUCCUACAAUGUGGGCUGCUGGUUGGGAAAAUGCUGUUUCUCAGAUCGGACCAAACUUUGUCUGGUGGGUAGUAGCACAGAGUGUGUUCUACCAUUUGUAUAAUCAGGUCUCAUACAUGUCUUUAGACCAGAUUUCUCCAUUGACUUUCAGUAUUGGUAAUACGAUGAAGAGGAUCUCUGUCAUUGUGGCUUCGAUAAUCAUUUUUCACACUCCGAUUCAACCUGUCAAUGCCCUCGGUGCUGCCAUUGCGAUUCUUGGAACUUUCCUCUACUCACAGGCUAAGAUGUGAGGAUGGCUUAUGAGGAUAUCUUUUUGGGGUAGAUUUUGAUAAAGAUUAGAUAACAUGAGUAACCGGAGAGGAGAGAAUUUUCUGGUGAGAUCAACAUGGGAAAGUGCUUUUCGCGGUAAUUGGAUAUGAGGAAACUGGAGCUUGAAGUUGAUAAUCACAUCAGAGGGUUUUGCUUGUUUCUUACAUCGUGUGUGUAGUGUUCUAUAUCACAAGAGCGACUAAAUAUUUCUAUAUCAUAAGUAUAGUUUUCUCCAUGCAUUAUGAAUAACAUCAAUUCUUCUUAACUUA